AUGGGUAUAAAGCCCUCACCUAAAGGACACUUGCAGCCAGAGAAGACACUUCCAGUUAAUGCUAGUAGAAAUAUGUAUAAGAAUAAGUUGCUGACUUCUCCGGAAGAUAUAAAAGGAUUGCAGGUUGAUGACCAUGACCUUGACUCUACUCUUGAAAACAUGGCAGGCAGUCUUCCAGCUGAGGAACUUAAUGAUCUUACUCUAACUCCACCAGUUGAUGGAAAGGUUGAUAUAAAUGACAUGAAAAAAGUUCCAGGAAACGUGAGGAGAGAACUCAAAGAUAAGAAAUAUGAGGCUUUGGUGAAUAAUCUGCCAAUCGAUGGAGGGAAGGUUAAUGUGAGUAAUUUGGACAGCAUUCUGGGGGAAAUGAGGAUUAAGCUCCCACAAAAGGAAUGGGAAAGACUGACAGAAAACCUGCUACUUAAUGGAGAGAUUAUUGAUGUCAAUAAAGUGGGUGCUCCUUUGCAAAAUAUGGGGAUGAACCUUUCAGAAAAGGAUAUUAAUGAUCUGACAUAUGAUCUACCAGUUGAUGCUACUGGAAAUGUAUUUCAGAAUAGAAUAUUGGAUAAUGUGAAAUCCAUUAAAGGAGGAAAGGUUAAGGUGAAUAACCUGGACACUGUCCUGGAAAACCUGGCGAUCAAGCUCACACAAAAGGAAUUUGAAGGUGUAACAGAAAAUCUGCCACUUACUGCUAAUGGGAAGGUUGAACUCGGCACACUGAUGGAUGCAGUGACCAAUGUUACAGGUCAUAUUGAACUUUUCAUGUACUGUGAUUUCUUUGAAGGAGGAGAAGUUAACGUCAGCGAUAUUGAAAGUAUUCUGGAAAAAACUGGGAUAGAGCUCACAGAUAAGGAGUGCUUAGAACUAAAGAAGUAUCUGCCAGUUGAUGCUGUUGGAAAGGUGUACCAAAAUAGGGUGAUGGAUGGUUUGAAAACUCUUAAAGGAGGGAUUGUUGAUGUCGCCAAACUAGACACUGCUUUGCAAAGCAUGGGAAUGAAACUCACAGGAAUGGAAAGUAAUGAUUUGAUAAAGAACCUACCUGUUGAUGGUGAGUAA